AAAAAAAAUGAAAAAGGCUAUUUUUCCUCAAAAUAAUUUUGGAGAAUAAUAAAAAUAAAAAUAUAAAAACAUCGGGUUCUUCACCACCGCUCUUUCUCUCUCUUCUUCUUCUCUCUCUUUCUCUUUCUCUCUCUUUCUACCAGAGAGGUUUUCGAAGAAGACGAAUUCUAGGGUUUGUGGAGUUAGCUCUAGGUUUCUGAGGAGAGGAAUACGUAGAAGGAUCUUCACUCUUUGAUCUGUAAUUGGAGCGAUUUUGACGACGAAGGAGAACCACUUGUUAUGGAUUCGGUCCCUUCGAACUCCCAUGGUAACCUCGAUGAGCAGAUUGCUCAGUUGAUGCAGUGCAAGCCUUUGUCCGAACAAGAGAGGCUUGGAUUUCAAAUGUUUGGGAUAUUGGAUUUCUAAGCCUGUUUGUUAAUUCUAGUUGGCAGCUAGUUGAGCUGGAUUACUUAUAGUAUCAUAUGAAAUCCAGUAGGAGAGUUCUUUCCCUCUUGGAUCAGUGUAUCGCCUUAAGGCAAAUCAGGCAAAUCAAGCAAAUUCAAUCACACCUCACUAUUUCAGGCACCCUUUUUGAUUCUUAUUCUGCUGCCAAGAUUAUAUCCUUUUGUGCAACAUCUGAUGCUGGUGAUGUUUGUCAUGCGUAUCGGCUUUUCUGUUGUCUACCUUACCGUACUACCCACAUCUGGAACACAAUGAUUAGAGCCUUUGCCGAGAGAAAUGAGGCCUUAAAAACCAUGUCUCUUUACAAGAGUAUGCGAGAGAAUGGUCUUUUACCAAACAACUAUACCUUCUCUUUUCUUCUUAGAUCUUGUACUGAGCUUUCUGACCUAUCUCUCGGUUUAGUGAUCCACGGACAAACCAUUGUUUUGGGUUGGGAGUCAUAUGACUUUGUGCAGAAUGGGUUAAUACAUUUUUUUGCUAGUUGUUUUUGUAUGGAUCCAGCUCGUAAGCUGUUUGAUAUGAGUGGGAAUCGGGAUGUUAUUACAUGGACAUCCUUAAUUAAUGGAUAUGCCAAGUCCGGUCAAGUUCUGAUUGCACGAGACUUGUUUGACCAAAUGCCUGAAAAGAACACUGUGUCUUGGAGCGCGAUGAUUAAUGGUUAUUGCCAAGUUGGCUUUUUCAAAGAGGCUUUAGAGGUUUUCAGUGACAUGCAGGCUUCCGGUUUUGCUCCUAAUCAUAAUAGUAUAGUGGGUGCUCUAACUGCCUGUGCUUUUCUUGGUGCAUUAGACCAGGGAAAGUGGAUACAUACAUAUUUGGACAAAAACAAAAUAAAACUAGACAGAAUGAUGGGGACUGCUCUUAUUGACAUGUAUUCUAAGUGUGGUUGUAUUGAAACUGCUUGUGUUGUAUUUGAUGAGAUGCUAGAGAGGGAUGUUUAUGCCUUUACUUCUUUGAUUUCGGGCCUGGCUAAUCAUGGUCUGAGCACACUUGCUAUUGAUUUGUUUACGAGGAUGCACGAUGAAGGAGUCCUACCAAAUGAAGUUACAUUUAUAGGUGUUUUGAGUGCUUGCAGUAGAAUGGGGUUGGUAGAUGAAGGGUUGAAAAUAUUUGAGAGCAUGCGUACUGUUUAUAGAGUUGAGCCUAGGGUUCAACACUAUGGUUGUUUGGUGGAUCUCCUUGGGAGAGUUGGAAUGAUAGAUGAGGCAAAGAAGGUUGUAAGAACGAUGCCUAUGGAGCCAGACUCUUAUGUGUUGGGUGCACUGCUCAAUGCAUGCAGAGUUCAUGGUAAUGUUGAGUUGGGUCAAGAAAUGGUUGGGCACUUGGCCAAACAAGGACUGGACCAUAGUGGGGUUCAUGUUCUUCUUUCAAAUAUGUAUGCCUCUGCUGACCAGUGGGAUUGUGUGAAAACAGUAAGAGAGACAAUGGAAAGGAAGAGGGUAACAAAAGUGCCAGGUUGUAGUCUAAUUGAAGUUGAUGGUUCAGUUAAUGAAUUUGUUGCUGGAGACAGGUCCCAUGUGCUCAUGCAGGAGAUAAUAUCGUUGUUGCUUGCCAUGGACAAACAUCUGAAAUCUAUUUGUUUUGGUGAUAGUGGUGAUGACAAGAUUAUUUAUGGAGCUGUUGUUUCCUUAGCGGACAUUAAUUAAAUUUUGAUCUUUUGUAUCAAUUGUUAGAGUUUCUCUUUUAAUUUAAUGCAUUCAUAAACGCAUUGUUCAUUUUGUUUAAGUUAAGACAUUUUUAAUACAGUGACGUUUAUUUUUAUUAAGAUUAGCUUAUUUUAAUCAAUCUGGGUUUCUUCCGUUGACUCCUAACAAAAAUAAAAAGAAAGAACAAUUUAUGUAUAAUUAAUUUCCCUUUCUGAAAACUUUAGAAGUUUCAAAUAAACAAGUGUCUGUUCUUUUUCUAUUGGAGUGACAAUCUUUACUAAUGAACACCAGUUCCAGUUUGUGGGAAUGCUCCAGCUUAUCCCAGAUGGUUCUUUUUUUUUUUUUUUUUUCUUUUUUUAAUUUGUGGAUGCAAUAUGGUGGGAACAAAUUUGAUGAAACUGUUGCUUUAUUUUUUUAGAUAAUCCUUUGUCAUCCUGGCCUUGGAGUUUCCUUGUUUAAGCUUUCUGUCUUCAUUGUUUGACAUUACUGUUAAUUUCUCUCUAUUUUUCAUUAUAG